GGCCCAGGAGGGCAGGGCCUGCUCCGAGCACCCUCCCCUCUGCCUCUCUGCACAGGAAGGUCGGGGCCACCUGGGCCGGGUGCCUCCCGCCGGCAGGAUGGACGAGGAAGGCCCUGACUGCGGCAAAGCCGACUUCGUGCUUUUGGACCAAGUGACCAUGGAGGACUUCAUGGAAAACCUAAAACUCAGGUUCGAGAAGGGCCGCAUCUACACCUACAUCGGCGAGGUGCUGGUGUCAGUGAACCCCUACCAGGAGCUGCCACUGUACGGGCCUGAAGCCAUCGCCAAGUACCAGGGCCGUGAGCUCUAUGAGCGGCCGCCCCACCUCUACGCUGUAGCCAACGCCGCCUACAGGGCAAUGAAGCGACGGUCCAGGGACACCUGCAUUGUUAUCUCAGGGGAGAGUGGGGCAGGGAAGACAGAGGCCAGCAAGCACAUCAUGCAGUACAUCGCUGCUGUCACCAACCCCAGCCAGAGGGCAGAGGUGGAGAGGGUCAAGGACGUGCUGCUCAAGUCCACCUGCGUGCUGGAGGCCUUUGGGAAUGCGCGCACCAACCGAAACAACAACUCCAGCCGCUUCGGCAAGUACAUGGACAUCAACUUCGACUUCAAAGGAGAUCCUGUCGGGGGGCAUAUCCACAGCUACCUGCUGGAGAAGUCUCGGGUCCUCAAGCAGCACGUGGGCGAACGGAACUUCCACGCCUUCUACCAGGUGCUGCGGGGCUGUGAGGACUCACAGCUGGAAGACCUGCACUUGCAGAGGAACCCCGCCCUGUACAACUUCACCCGGCAGGGAGCAGGCCUCAAUCCCUUGGACAGUGACGAGAGGUGCCACUACCAGGCAGUGAUGGAGGCCAUGCGGGUGAUCGGCUUCAGCCCCGAGGAGGUGGACUCUGUGCACCGGAUCCUGGCUGCCAUACUGCACCUGGGAAACAUAGAGUUUGUGGAGACGGAGGAGAGCGGGCUGGAGAAGGGGCACCUGGCUGUGGCUGAGGAGGUGCUGGUGGACCACGUGGCAGAGCUGACAGCCACGCCCCAGGAGUCGGUGAUGCGAAGCCUGUUGUCCCGCACCGUGGCCUCAGGAGGCAGGGAGCUCAUUGAGAAAGGCCACACGGCUGCGGAGGCCAGCUAUGCCCGGGACGCCUGUGCCAAGGCAGUGUACCAACGACUAUUUGAGUGGGUGGUGACCCGGAUCAACUGUGUCAUGGAACCCCGAGACCGGGACCCCCGGCGUGACGGCAAGGACACAGUUAUAGGCGUACUGGACAUCUAUGGCUUCGAGGUGUUCCCUGUGAACAGCUUCGAGCAGUUCUGUAUCAACUAUUGCAACGAGAAGCUGCAGCAGCUGUUCAUCCAGCUCAUCCUGAAGCAGGAGCAGGAGGAGUACGAGCGGGAGGGCAUCGCCUGGCAGACCGUGGAGUACUUCAACAACGCCACCAUCGUGGACCUGGUGGAGCGGCCACACCGCGGCGUGCUGGCCGUGCUGGAUGAAGCCUGCAGUGCCGCAGGCACCAUCACCGACCGCAUCUUCCUGCAGAGCCUGGACACGCACCACCGCCACCACCCACACUACACCAGCCGCCAGCUCUGCCCCACAGACAAGACCAUGGAGUUUGGCCGAGACUUCCGGAUCAAGCACUAUGCGGGGGACGUCACGUACUCGGUGGAGGGCUUCAUUGACAAGAACAGGGACCACCUCUUCCAGGACUUCAAGCGGCUGCUGUACAACAGCUCAGACCCCACCCUGCGGGCCAUGUGGCCGGAUGGGCAGCAGGACAUCACAGAGGUGACCAAGCGCCCCCUGACGGCCGGCACCCUCUUCAAGAACUCGAUGGUAGCCCUGGUGGAAAACCUGGCCUCCAAGGAGCCCUUCUAUGUCCGUUGCAUCAAGCCCAACGAGGACAAGGUGGCUGGGAGGCUGGAUGAGGGCCACUGUCGCCACCAGGUCGCGUACCUGGGGCUGCUGGAGAACGUGCGUGUCCGGAGGGCCGGCUUUGCUUCCCGCCAGCCCUACCCUCGGUUCCUGCUCAGGUACAAGAUGACAUGUGAGUACACGUGGCCCAAUCACCUCCUGGGCUCCGACAGGGCCGCCACGAGCGCCCUCCUGGAGCAGCACGGGCUGCAGGGCGAUGUGGCCUUUGGCCACAGCAAGCUCUUCAUCCGCUCACCCCAGACUCUGGUCACACUGGAGCAGAGCCGUGCUCGCCUCAUCCCCAUCAUUGUGCUGCUGCUGCAGAAGGCGUGGCGCGGUACGCUGGCCAGACGGCGCUGCCGAAGACUCCGGGCCGUUUACACCAUCAUGCGCUGGUUCCGGAAGCACAAGGUGCGCGCUCACCUGGCAGAGCUGCAGAGGCGCUUCCAGGCCGUGAGGCAGCCCCCCCUGUAUGGCCGGGACGUGGUCUGGCCGCCACCCCCUGCGGUGCUGCAGCCCUUCCAGGACACUUGCCGGGUGCUGUUCUGCAGGUGGCGGGCCCGGCAGCUGGUGAAGAACAUCCCACCUUCAGACAUGGCCCAGAUCAAGGCCAAGGUGGCCGCCAUGGGGGUCCUGCAGGAGCUACGGCCGGACUGGGGCUGUCGGCGGGCCUGGGACCGGGACUACCUGUCCUCUGCUACCGACAACCCCACAGCCUCUGGCCUGUUUGCCCAGCGACUGAAGGCGCUCCGUGAAAAGGACGGCUUUAGGACUGUCCUCUUCUCCAGCCACGUCCGAAAGGUGAAUCGCUUCAACAAGAGACAGGAUCGGGCGCUCCUGCUCACUGACCGGCACCUCUACAAGCUGGACCCUGGCCAUCAGUACCGGGUGAUGAGAGCCGUGCCCCUGGCCUCGGUGACCGGGCUGAGCGUGACCAGCGGGCGGGACCAGCUGGUGGUGCUGCACGCGCGGGGCCAGGACGACCUGGUGGUGUGUCUGCACCGCUCCCGGCCGCCACUGGACAACCGCGUAGGGGAGCUGGUGGGAGUGCUGGCGGCGCACUGCCAAGGGGAAGGGUGCACCCUGGAGGUCCGCGUCUCCGACUGCAUCCCGCUGAGCCAGCGGGGGGCCCGGCGCCUCGUGUCGGUGGAGCCGAAGCCCGAGCAGCCUGAGCCGGAUUUCCACUGCAGCCGUGGGGCCUACACUCUCCUCUGGCCCAGCCGCUGACCCGGCGCUGCAUCUGGGCUGCCUCCGGGCCAGCGCCACGCAGCACAAUAAAGGAUGCGUGUCUCUG